AUGAAUUUAGUCCAAGGAGAUAGGUCCGUAAGGGAUUAUGAUUCUGAAUUCACCAGGCUGAGGCGACAUGUUUUUGAUGGGCGUGAAGAUGAAGGAACUAUGAUCCGUAACUUCAUGUACGGGUUAAAACCAGAGCUUGGAAGUCGACUAGCUGGAAGUAAUUUCUAUAGCUUAUCUGAUCUGGUGGAAAAGGCAGUUAAUGUUGAGACUGUAGUUGAAGCUGAACGGAAGGCUACACAAAAUUUUGGAGAACACACCAAGCCCAAUCAGAGAGAGAAGCAGAAUUUCAAUAAGGGUCAAAGUUUUAACAAACGAAGAGAGGAAACAUUUGGAGGCCAAUCAUGUUACAAGGGUAACUCAGGAAUAUGUUUCUCAUGUGGACAGCAGGGACACAUUUCAAGAAAUUGUCCCAGCCAACGACAGAGCAACCAGCAAGGUUUUUCAUCAUUAGGAAGGAAAGAUGUCAUUUGUUUCACCUGCGGUAAGAAGGGCCAUUUUGCUACAGCAUGUUCAGUGAACAAGCCAAACCCUGCGACCCCUCUCGCGAUUGGAUCUCAUCCUAGCCAUCCAGCAAUUGAGCCAGCACCAAAGAGGCAAAACCUAGGAGGUAGGGUUUAUGCCUUAGAAAUAGAAAACCCUGAUAGUACAGGACCGUCUAAGGGUCCCAAUGCAGGAACCUUACAUGUUGUUGGUAAACCCAAACAUGUAUUGUUCGACUCGGGAGAAACACGUAGGUAUGUGACUCCCGAUGAGAAAGAAUUUGUGGCAGAUUUGUUGAUCGUGCCUUUGGAAGGGUACGAGGUGAUUCUUGGAUUGGACUGGCUGUAG